AUGACGAUUAGAGACGCCGCCGCGUUUGCUAAGGAAAGUAAAAUAAGGAGGGCCGGACACGUGAUGCGCUUUAAUGACAACCGUUGGACCAGAGCCGUGAGCGACUGGGUUCCCCGCGAUAUUAAGCGCACUACAGGAAGACCGCCGACCCGAUGGUCAGAUUUCUUCACGAAGUCCUUGAAAGAAAAAUAUGAUGCUCUUCGUGUCCCACGCGAAAGGAGGAACCACUGGGCUACUCUGGCACGCGAUUCGGGACAAAUGGAAGAAUUACUGGCACCCUCUCGACCAGUUCGAAGAUCACGCAGUCAAGGUGAUCAAGGUGAACUUCGUGUGCAUCUCGCAAAAGGUAAAUGGCAUGUUUCACAGCCGUGGCCACAGGGCGCAUUGCUUUUCACCUUUAUGACUCCUCCGCGUGUCUAUUUCCUUUUUCGAUGGUUGUAG